AUAUAAAGAAAAUGUGAAUUAUUGUAAUAACAAUUUUGUUUAAAAAUAAUAAAUAAAAACAAAUAACGUUUUCAUUAAUAAACACAAUCUUCCAAGUUAAACAAAAAUUCUUCUACAACAAAGUCGUUUUAUCCCCAUAAAAAGGACUCUAAAUGUAAAACAAGCUAAACGUACAAAUCAAACAUAAAACUUAAUAUUAAUGAAACAAAUCACUAAUUUUACACUUAACAUAUCAUAAAAUAACUUUAAACAAGAAUCAACAUAAAUCAAAUAAAAAAAAAUUAAAUUAAAUGUAUUUUAAAUACAAUUAAUCUUAAAUAAAAAUCAAAUAUAUCUUUACUUUUUAACAAAUUUUACAAAGAAACAAAAUAUCAAAUCAAACACAACAUAUUUAAAUAGUUUUGGCCUCUAUACAACUAAUGGAUCCAUAUCAUCAUAUACGACAACAUUAUCAACCACCCUCUAGACCAGAAUUGCAUCAAAAAUGCAAUCGUGGUUCUCAUUCAAGUGAUACAAGUUCAGCAUACAGUGGUAGUGAUACAAUGGCAUCCGUUUACGGUUCAUCACUGGAUGGUGAAGAGAUUGAUUUCUCUGGUUUGGUGGAAUCAACAGUCGAUUCAGAUGAAGAAGAUUUGGCAGAGUCUAUGGACAGUCUCAAUGUCCGCGAUGCAGUACGUGAUUGUUUAGAGAAAGAUCCCUCCGAACGUACCGAAGAAGAUGUUGAAAUUCUUUUGGAAUUUACACAAGGUCUUAAGGCCUUUACAAAUAUCACACUGGCCGUACGGCGAGCUCUUUGCUCCGUUAUGGUAUUUGCCGUUGUCGAUAAGGCCGGCACUGUCGUUAUGUCCGAUGGUGAAGAGCUUGAUUCUUGGUCGGUACUAAUCAAUGGUGUCGUCGAAAUCGAACAUGCCAAUGGUGAACGUGAAGAGUUACAAGUGGGUGAUUCAUUUGGUAUUCUACCCACAAUGGAUAAAUUGUAUCAUAAGGGUGUUAUGCGUACGAAAUGUGAUGAUUGCCAAUUUGUGUGUAUAACACAAACGGAUUAUUAUCGUAUCCAACAUCAGGGUGAGGAGAAUAUUAGACGUCAUGAAGAUGAGGAGGGACGAGUGGUUAUGGUUACUGAGUUAAGACAAAUAGGUACAAAUGAUGCUCCCGGAACGGCGGCAAAUAAUUCAGCUACUGCUGGCACUAAUGCCAAACGGGGUCAUGUUGUAAUUAGAGGUUCACCGGAACGUUUGUUGCAGCAACUAGUAGAGGAAAAUUCCAUGACAGAUCCUUUUUAUGUAGAAGAUUUCCUAUUGACUCAUAGAAUUUUUAUAAAAAAUUCCCAAGAGGUUACAGACAAACUGUUAUCAUGGUUUGAGGCCGAUUCGAAUGGCGCUGAAUCGGUGCCCAAAUUUGCCAGUAAUGCUACGGCUCAGGAAAUCAGAGAUCGUGUUACCCGUGUGGUAUUAUUGUGGGUAAAUAAUCAUUUUACCGAUUUUGAGGCUGAUCAUGAAAUGAUGGAAUUUUUGGAAAUAUUUGAGGCUGGUCUAGAACGCAAGAAAUUGUUGAGCCAAUUACGUUUACUGCACAUAGCCUGUGCGGCUAAGGCACGCAUGAGAUCUUGCAUUUUAGCGCGUAGCUCUAGAGAUGAAUCGUUAAAUUUCAAAAUUAUAGGAGGCUAUGAAAUGAGAGGAGCCUGUGUGGCUACAGGCGGUUGUGGCAUUUAUAUAUCACAUGUGGAAAGAGCCUCUAAGGCUCAAGAAGCAGGCUUAAAGCGCGGCGAUCAAAUACACGAAGUUAAUGGCCAAAGUUUUGAACAUGUCACCAGCAAAAGAGCUUUGGAAAUUCUAAUGGGUAGCACCCACUUGAGUAUCACUGUCAAAAGCAAUCUUUUAGGUUUCAAAGAAAUGAUGCAGGCUGUUGAAAUAACCGCCAAUGGGGGUAUAAAUUCUGCCAAUGGCAAUGUGGCGGGCUUGGGUUCUAAAUCCUUAAGAAGUCCUAGACGCAUUUGUGCUAAUGAUGUGGCCAAACUGCAUGGCAGAGCAGACUCAACUACAGAUGAACUAACAGCGGCAGCCGCUAAUCGUGCUCAUAUUGUAAGAUUAAGUUCGGUGGAUAUGCUGUUACACUCUUCGCCAGGUGAAGAUCAAACCGAUAGAGGCGUACAAAGUCCGGGCACACCCAUACAGACACCCUCUUCCGGUAAUAUGGCUUCGAAUUUUAUGAAUAAUCUUUUACAAAGUGUUAAUGCUUCCGGCAAAAAGGAUUCUAAUGGUUUGCAGGGCGAUUCUAAAGGAGGUGGCUUUAUGACUUUGGCCCCUAAGAGAAGGCUGAAGAUAGCUUUGGCCAAAAUGAAUUUGCUGCAUAAAAAUGUGACGGGUCUACAGGCCUCUAAUCUAAAUGAUUCCAGCGAUGCUUUGCUAAAUGUGGGGUGUAAUGAAAAACAGAAGUCAGGCUCUUUAAGCAGUGCUAGUUCUUCUUCGCAUGGACCCGGCAGACUUUAUCAAUCACAAUCAAAUCCUGAUUUAACCUCGCUACAGUAUGAAGAUGCCUCAGCACCCAAUAACAACGUUCUAAAUAUCUGCAAUCCGAGUAAUUACCUCUCGGCCUCUGUGCACCGACCCUCUGCUGUCUCCACCACCGGCAGUUUAGUACCCGAUUAUCCAGAACAUGUACUCAAAGUCUUUAAAGCUGAUCAAACCUGUAAAUAUUUACUAAUUAACAAAGAAACCACUGCCCAUGAGGUGGUUAUGUUGGCUCUACAGGAAUUCGGCAUACACGAUCCCAGUUCGAAUUUCUCCUUGUGUGAGGUUAGUGUAGGUGAAGGCGGUAUGGUAAAACAACGUAGAUUACCCGACCAAUUGCAGAAUUUAGCCGAACGUAUAGGUUUUGCCUCUCGCUAUUAUUUGAAAACCAAUGGCAUAUCUGAAACUUUGGUACCCGAUGAGUUAGCCUUGGAAUUGGUAAGAGAAUCGAAUGUCCAUUUCCUACAACUCAAUGCCUAUGAGUUGGCUAUACAAUUAACGUUGCAAGACUUUAGCAUAUUUCGUCAGAUUGAAUCUACCGAAUAUGUGGAUGAUCUUUUCAAUUUAAAAACCAAAUACGGUGUGCCCAUGUUAAGUAAAUUCUCGGAAUUGGUUAAUCGUGAAAUGUUCUGGGUGGUCACGGAAAUCUGUGGUGAACACAAUAUUGUAAGACGCAUGAAAAUUGUCAAACAAUUUAUAAAAAUUGCCCGCCACUGUAAAGAAUGUCGCAAUUUCAAUUCAAUGUUUGCCAUUAUAUCUGGUCUGGGACAUGCUGCUGUUUCGCGUCUAAGGCAAACCUGGGAGAAAUUACCCUCAAAAUAUCAAAGACUAUUCUCAGAUCUACAAGAUCUUAUGGAUCCCUCACGAAAUAUGUCCAAAUACCGGCAAUUGGUUUCUUCGGAAUUGCUCAAUCAACAUCCGAUUUUACCCUUCUAUCCCAUAGUACGCAAAGAUUUAACCUUUAUACAUUUGGGUAAUGAUACUAUGGUAGAGGAUUUAAUCAAUUUCGAAAAACUACGCAUGAUAGCCAAAGAGGUGCGUCUACUUUCGCACAUGUGUUCUUCUCCCUAUGAUUUACUAGCCAUUCUGGAGCUAAAAGGCCAAUCGCCCUCCAAUGCUAUGUUUUCUUUAAAUCAAAUGUCUACAUCACAGGGAGGUUCCAAUCAGGGACCCACCAUAAUAGCGGCUAAUGCUGGUAAUGCCACCAUUAAGAGAAGAAAAAAAUCAACUGCCGCUCCCAAUCCUAAGAAAAUGUUUGAAGAGGCUCAAAUGGUUAGACGAGUAAAAGCAUAUCUCAAUAAUUUGAAAAUCAUAAACGAUGAAGAUAUUUUACAUAAAUUCUCUCUCGAAUGUGAACCAGCCCAUACUUCCUCUAACUCAACCUCAUCGCAACACGGUGGCAAUUCUUCACGCACUGGAGGAGAUCAAUUAAGCAUUUAUUCUCAUACUUCCAAUUCAUCAUCUGCCCCGAAUUCUUCGUUAUCUUUGAGAAGAAGACAUCCCUCGUCACCUACCCUCUCGACCACCUCCUCUACCUCUUCAACUAGUGACAAUCGUCGCAAUAAUAUGAAUCCAAAUUGUCCAAAAUUUGGCACCGCCUCACCGCAAGCGGUACGUAAGAUAUUAUCCUUAUCGGAAUCUACUAAAAUACGACCUCAUCAACCCUUUCCCAGGCCGGCAGCUACUUUGCCUGGAAACAUACCGCUUCUGGCGCAGCCUCAUCAUUUACACAGUCAUGGUUUUAAUCCAGCAGCUUCGGCAGCGCUGGCGGCGGCCUCAACGCCUACACCAAGUCCUUGCUCGCAUAGACGUCUAGCAUCCGGUAGUAAUUCUAUGCCAGCUUCUAUGAUCCCUCCUCCACGCUCUAUACACGAACGUUCUCAUUCUGAUACUCCAGCUCCACCACCCCCUUUGCCUUCGGUGGAUUUAAAUUUAGAAAGUAGUAGUGUUACCACAUUUCGUGAUUUACCUCUAAGGAAAUCUGUUACCUCUGGAUCGGUAUCGUCCAAUGAUAGUGGACUUUGUUCUUAUGCCCAACAUGAUACUAGCUCUUCAUCAUCUGUCUAUACGGCGGCCGAUUGUCGUUUAUUGCAACAGAUUUCAAAUACGGCUGCAACACGCAAUAUAAAUACUCAAUGUAGUCAAAGAGCUUUAUCACCACAUACCUUACACCCAGCAACAGCAACAACAACAGUAACACAAACUGCAACUAGUAUGAAUGCACUACCACUGCCACAAACACAAUCACAACAACAGCAACAACUACAAUUACCACCACCAACAUUGACCCCUCCACCAUAUCUAAUGCGUGGUCAAAAUUUACAAAUGUUUAUGACAAACGGUGGCACUAAUGCUGUUAAUGGUGGAACACAUGCACCACCGCCACAACUUCUACACAAUAGACCGUUGUCGCCACCAUUACAGCAGCCAAAUAUGCCACCACCUUAUGCCACAGCGGCCGCUAUGUUACAUCAUAAUCAUAGACAUUCCAAUAUGCAUGGUAAGUUUUGAGUGGUUGGAGGACAUAACUUUACCAUUUUUUUCGGGGUAACAGGACAACAGAGUUAUUUGAUGGAAUAUGAAAACAUAAAGAUCAUUAAAAAGGUGCUGCUGGUUGCCCCAUGUGUCCUAUGCCACCACCGAUGAACCAAUAAAUCAAAUUAAUAACAAUUUUUUUUGUUUAUAUAUAAAAUUAAUAUAAAAUGUUAAAGAACAAAAACAAAAUUAUAUGCCAAAUUGAUGUUUUUUUAUUUUAAUGAAACAAAAAAGUUAUAUAUUUAAUUAACAAUUAAGAAAAUGAAAAAAAAAAAAAACAUAAAAUAAGGUUGUGGAGUAAAAUGUUUUCAAACGCAUAAAUUGUAUGAACAUAAUAUUGAAAUGUUAAAUGAAGGAUUAUAGUUUUUUUAUUUAAAUCCAAUCAAUAAAUCUGCAGGCGGACCUUUUUGUCCUCAGACAAUUUUCUAAUUUACUUUAAAUGGAUCUUAUAUUAACUAAUUUUAUACUCUCUACUACACUUAUAGUUAUAUACUACUACUGUUUAUAUUAAGAAUUUAAUUUCUUUUUUUCUUUCUUUUUGGGAUAUUAUUAUGUAAAAUAUUUAAUUACUUUUAUUAGUUUUAAGUUUUAUCUAAAAAAAAUAUAAGAAAACAAGUAAUAUUCAGCCAA